AGGAAAACAUCUGACUUCUCUCCGGAAACCUCCGAGUGCUCUUCGCUCACUGUGCACGCGAUCAAUUACAGUCUCGCGCAUUCUCGUUUGAUUCUGCGGAAUAGAAAAGCUGGUGCUGAAAUGGCCAAAGUUUGCCUGAUCGUCAUCGACGGAUGGGGACUCUCGGACACCGUGAAGGGCAAUGCUAUCGCCAAUGCCACCGCUCCCGUGAUGAGCGGAUUCGCUAAGGCUGGACCGGAAAAUUAUCUCACUCUCGAUGCGUCCGGCCUGGCCGUCGGACUUCCUGAUGGCAUGAUGGGUAACUCCGAGGUUGGUCAUUUGAACAUAGGAGCCGGCCGAGUCCUCUUCCAGGACAUCGUCCGCAUCAACAAGGAUGUCAGCGCCAAACGCAUGCACGAGAACAAAUAUUUCGCGGAAGCUUGUAAUCGCGCCAAGGGCAAAAACGGUCGUCUCCAUCUCAUGGGUCUCGUUUCCGACGGGGGUGUUCACGCUCAUAUCGAUCAUCUAUUCGCUCUCCUCGACGGAGCUCAGAAACUCGGAGUACCGAAUGUAUACGUACACUUUUUCGGUGACGGCCGCGAUACCCGGCCGACGAGCGCCACCACAUACAUCAAACAGGUGAUCGACCGAUUGGCCAGCACUGGUUUCGGUAAGCUGUCCUCCAUCGUUGGUCGAUACUACGCCAUGGAUCGUGACAAGCGCUGGGAGAGAAUCCAGAUCGCCUUCGAGGGUUUGGUCCAAGGCAAAGGCGAGAAAACAUCUCUUGAGAACGUCAUUUCUCUCGUCGAGGGCCGAUACAACGCCGCGGACGUAUCCCAGAAGCAGACCGAUGAAUUCUUGAAGCCGAUCAUUAUCAACGAGGAAGGCCUGAUCAAGGAUGGCGACACAGUGGUGUUCUUCAACUACCGAUCUGACCGUGCGAGGCAACUCAGCCAGGCGCUCGGCGAGAAGCCGCCCUUCGAAACUUCAGUCAUCCCCAAGGAUAUCGAGCUCUUCACCAUGACGCAGUACAAGAAAGAGUUCAACUUCAAGAUGCUCUAUCCCCCGGUCGUGCCCUCGAACGUGUUGGCGGAGUGGUUGGCGAAGAAGUCUGUGAAGCAAUUCCACUGCGCCGAGACUGAGAAGUACGCUCACGUCACUUUCUUCUUCAACGGUGGUCAAGAGAAGAAUUUCGAAGGCGAGGAGCGUUGUAUGGUCCCAUCGCCCAAGGUUGCCACGUACGACCUGCAGCCCGAGAUGAAUUGUCAAGGAGUUGCGGACGAGCUGUGCAAGGCGAUCGAGAGCGGGACGUACGCAUUCACAAUGUGCAACUUCGCCCCUCCAGACAUGGUUGGCCAUACCGGGAAGUACGAUGCCGCUGUCAUCGCAUGCACGGCCACCGACAAAGCUAUCGGACAGGUGGCAGAGUGCUGCAAGAAGAACAACGUUGUGCUCCUCGUGACUGCGGAUCACGGCAACGCUGAGCUCAUGAUGGACGAAGCCGGAAACCCAAUCACUCAACACACUACGAACCGCGUACCCUUCGUCAUGCAGGGUGGCAGCAGGAAAUUCGCCAAGCCCACUCAUAAUGCUGCGCUCUGCGAUGUGGCACCGACGGUACUCGACCUCCUGAACUUCGAGAAACCCGAGGAUAUGGGCGGUGUCAGCCUCCUGCAGAAGUAAAUCGAGCUCAUGGCGGAAUCCACGUACGGUGAGAUCUUUCAUCCGAUGAGGGCUCUGAGAGCGCUCAUUCUAGUCUAAGACGGAGAGCCGACUCGACGGAUAUGCACGAUUACAUCAGAAGCGGUACUUGACGUGAUGAAUACUUGUUUUCCUGCGAUCGAUGAUUGAUUCCGG